GAUAUGAGAUUGUAAGGGGCGGGAAUGACCUACCUUUUGUGGCCCUUAACAUCUCAAUGUAAUUCUAUAUAUUGUAUAUAUUGUCAAAUUCAAGUCAAAAUUCACCACAAAUCUGUUUUCUUUCAGGCAUGGCAUUUUAAGGAAAAGAAAGAAGUGGCCAUAAAAGUGAUAAAAGACCUUAGGGAUAAUGAAGAGAUCCUUGCUGAACUGUACGUACUUGAACGCGUUUCUGGCCACGACAACUUCCCUGCCUUUUAUGGAGCCUUUUAUCUACGGCCCAGCAUUUCAAAUGAAGAGGCGCUAUGGAUUGCUAUGACAAUGUGUGCUGGUGGCUCCGUAGACGCCUUAAUUAGGAGCACGCCCAAUAGAUCCUUGGAUGAGACCUGGAUUUCAUACAUAUGCAAGAAAGUUUUACAGGGCCUGGAUUACUUACAGGAACUGAACGUGAUACAUCAUGAUCUCAAGGGCGCCAAUAUAAUGUUAACUUCUACGGCCCGUGUGAAGAUAAUUGAUUUUGGCCUUGCCACAAUAGGGCCCAUCAGUACAAGUAAUGCAGGAACCCGCUGUUGGAUGGCACCUGAAGUCCAUGCAUGUUUUACAAGAAGUGUAUAUUAUAACUACAAGGUAUAAUUAAUAAAAUAGUUG